GCUGGCUGAAGCAGGGGGCGCAGCAGAGGGUGUUUUUCUUCUGCCGUGUCAGUUUUCAACUCUGUCACAGCCCUUGUGUUUGCGCGUAAAAGCAGAACCGCUGGAGUUUCAAUGAAGAGCUACAAACUGGGCUUAUGGUCUGAUUGAUCCAGAAUUCCCAACAUGGCUUCAGUGGGUCACAUGGAUCUGCACCAGGUAUUGAGAGGGAAGCUCUCCAUUUCUUCACAGAUUCAAGUUUCCAUUGUGAGGAUGCCUGCGCUUGGAGAGGAUACACCAGUAUAAAAAGCAGAAACGCUUCAUCAUUAGGCUACAGUGUCCAACACUGUGGAACGAGUCGCCAUGCUAGAAGUCAGGAUUUGGUCCAUCAGACUAUCUGUUCAGCUGCUGCUUUGGUCACAACUCCUGGACAGUCAACAAACAGCAGAUCACAGGAAGGUGCCUCAGAGGACAGAGUCUCAACAGGAGUUCAGGUCAGAGUAUGGGGAAAUUCAGGGAGCCUGGGGCACCUGGGGCGCCUGGUCAACCUGCUCCCGGACAUGUGGGAAAGGGGUACAAGAACAGACGAGGCCCUGUCUGCCUGUGUACACUCAAUACCCCUCCAGAGGAGCUGCCGUUCAGCCCCAGCAGCCAGGCCAUGUCAUUUCAGCUUUGAAACCUGCUGCUGCUCCACGCCACAGUGGUGUCAGAGCCUUCAACAACAGCAGCAGCAGGGGAGAGCUGAGGAGGGAGAAGCAGAGCAGACCAGGCGAACGCAGGAAGGUCACCCACAUUGUCCCAGGGAAGUACGGCUAUGGACGAGCACCUCAUGUGGCUCCACUGUUAGUGGAUUCAGGCAGAGGCUCAGCUUCCCCUCACCUCCACAGACAAAAACGCUCUCCUGCUGCUAACUCCCUCCAGGCCUUUCCUAGAGGGCACACCAACCUCAGAUCACACAAACUGGAUGCCUCCAACAACCUCCAUCGCUUUACCAGGCCAUAUGUGCAUCCUAGGACUCAACAUCCAAGGAAUAACCAACUCUGGACUUCCCUUUACCAGCCUGUAUCCUCUAACCAGGCUGAGGUCCAGACUGGGAGUCACACCUCCAGCCACCAGCUGCACAAGGAGAGACCUUACAACCCAUUGCCUUCAUCCUUCUGUACAGGGGAGCAUGCUCACUACAGGAUCUGCAACAGUAAUGAUUGUCCUCCAUCCAGCAAAGACAUCAGAGCGGUUCAGUGUUCUUCCUACAACAACCAGCCUUUCAUGGGCAGACUCUAUAAAUGGGAACCUUUUAAUGAAGUUUCUGGGGGGCAGCAUUGUGAGCUAAACUGCCGGGCCACUGGGUUCAGAUUCUACGUUCGACAGUCAGACAGGGUGAUUGAUGGCACGCCAUGUGGACAAAAUGAAACAAAUCUGUGUGUGGCGGGACGAUGCGCGAGCCUUGGGUGCGAUGAGUAUCUUGGAUCUGGGAAGGUGGUUGACAAAUGCGGCGUGUGCGGAGGUGACAACUCAACCUGCAGGCUGGUCUCAGGAGUGUUCAAACACAGCUUGUCCAAGAUUGGCUACCACAAGAUCGUGGAGAUCCCAGAGGGAGCCACAAGGAUCAACGUGACGGAGAUGGUGAAAAGCAGAAACUACCUGGCUCUGCGAAGCCGCUCAGGGAGAUCCAUUAUAAAUGGAAACUGGGCUAUUGACCGACCGGGAAAAUAUGAGGGUGGAGGUACCAUGUUCACCUACCGCAGACCCAAUGAGAUCAGCAGUACAGCUGGGGAAUCCUUUCUUGCUGAGGGCCCCACCAAUGAAAUUCUGGAUGUUUAUAUGAUCUUUCAACAACCAAACCCUGGGGUUCACUACGAGUACAUUCUCCCCUCUGAGAAAACCGUCAAGCCUCAGCAACCAACACAAACAGCAGAAGAAUCUGCGAGAGGAGAGGAUGAGUAUACGCAGCAGAUCCACACGCAGCAGGAGAACUUCAACUCUGCAGGUGGGGGAAGAUAUCACCCACAUCUUCCUGACAACCAGGUACCUGCUGUGGUUCCUCCAAGACGUGGCAGGGAGUACAACUGGAAACUGACUGGUACCACAGAGUGCAGCGCCUCCUGUGGAAAAGGUUUCAGAAAUUCAAUCUUCCGCUGCGUCCACCGGCUGAAUCACGUCGAGGUGUCAGAUGCUUUUUGUGAAAGCAGCAGCCGCCCAGGUCCACAGGAGGAGGCCUGCAACUUGCAGCCCUGCCCAGCAUUUUGGGAUAUCGGAGAGUGGUCAGAGUGCAGCAAGACCUGUGGACUGGGCAUGCAGCACCGGCAGGUUCUGUGCCGCCAAGUCUAUGCCAACCGCACCCUCAACGUCCACAUGAGCCGCUGUCAACACCUUGAACGACCCGAAACGGCCAGUACCUGCCAGCUCAAGAUCUGCAGUGAGUGGCAGAUCCGCUCUGAGUGGACAUCUUGUUCGGUGCCAUGCGGGGUGGGUCAGAGGUCAAGAGAGGUGCGCUGUGUCAGCAACGUGGGUGACUUCGUUCCUGAUGAGGAGUGCAACAUGAACCUGCGACCCACCAACGUAGAGAACUGCGACAUGGGAGCCUGUGCCAAGAGCUGGUUCUACACUGAGUGGGGAAACAGGUGCUCCGCUGAAUGCGGGAUGGGUGUCCGAACCCGCAGCAUUCUUUGCUUGACCAACCACAUCAGCAGCCUCCCUCUGGAGGGGUGUGGCAGCGAGCAGCCCGCAGACUCCCAGAUCUGCAACAACGGUCCCUGUGACAAUCGUAUCGAGUGGUUCACAGGUCCUUGGAGCCAGUGCUCUGCAGAAUGUGGCACAGGCAGUCAGCAGAGGUCAGUGGUGUGCCUGGUAAAGUCUGAUGAAGGAUUCACCGUCAUGCCACCCUAUGAAUGCUCAUCCUUGGACCGACCACUCAGUCAGCAGAGCUGCAACAUUAAGACCUGUGGGGCGAAGUGGUACCACACUGACUGGAGUGCGUGUUCAAAAACAUGUGAAGGAGGUUUCCGCGUUCGGGAGGUGCGCUGUCUGUCAGACGACAUGCUGUCCUCUGAGGCCUGUGAUGAGCAGCUGAGACCAGCGGACAGGGAGGACUGCAGCCCUGAGCCCUGCAUACCUCAGAUAGACCUGAACUGCAGAGACAAGUACUACAACUGCAACGUGGUGGUCCAGGCUCGCCUCUGUGUUUACGAUUAUUACAAAACAGCAUGCUGUGCAUCUUGUUCACGCAUUGCACACAAACAGAAAGUACACCGAGGUCACAGCUAGCACCGACUUCCUGACGAUCCUAAUUCACACCCACUAAAGGCUCUCUGACCCUGAGCCUACCUGGACAGACAUACAGACAGACAGGACCUUUUCCAGAAAGGACCCUCGUUAAUGUUAAGAGGGAUGAAAACUUGAGAAGGACCAUUUGUGUUGGAUCUUUUACAGGUUGCUGUUGGGGAACAAAAAAGGCUACAAAUCAUGUGUGACAUGAAUCUAGGUGCUGGAAAUGAGGAACGUUAUCCGAAUCAACGAGAGCCACAACAAACAUAGGAAUCAGAAAAACUUGUUGGUUUCUUGUUCCUCAGUUUGAGAUGAACCGUCUGGCUCUUGUGCAUCACUUUGUCCAGAGGAGACUGCCAGUAAACCCUCUGUGGAGGAUAUAUUCUAACAAAGUGGAAACUGUCCAGCAUAUAAUAAGCGGUUUCACAUCCAGCCUCACUAACAUCGGUUCAUUAAACUGAGCUCAGCACAAAAACAUUCCUUUCAUAAACAAAUUCUGUGCAUUAAACCCUCCAUGGGGCUAACAACGUGUCCGUUCCUACACUGCCCUGAGAUGUAAAAGCAACUUUUGUAAUAUAAUUAUCUGUAUAUAUGUUUGUGUAUAACAACGUUUGAUAAUUUUUUGGUUUUUUUUAAUGGUUCUCUGACCCUCCCACGUAACCUAAAAGGAGGGGGGAGUCCUCUUUAUUUAUGUAUGUGACUCUCCAGGGUGGAUGCUACUUUAUCGGCCACUGGUGGUUUCUUUUCAGCUGUUCUGCCUCUAAGCCAAUCACAGCCUCUGAACUGGAUGUGGGCGUCCCACAGCCUGCUGGAUGGCAGAACCAGAUGCUCCAAACACUGGUGAUUUUUGACAAAUUGAAAACAUGAUAUUUUUUUUUCUUCCCUGUGGGUCAUGAAUAAUAAUUGAAAAUGUACACACAACUUUUAAAAUAUUAUUAAUGCUUUAUUGAUAUAGCUGCAUUGUACAGAUGGCUUGAUUUGAUAUGUCUGUGGUUCAUAAAUUUCUGUUUAUAAUUUAACUCUUUUUACCUUAACAAUGUUGUUUAUAAACUUUCUCAUGUAGUACCUCA